AUGGAGUCUUUAGACCCUGGCGGGCCCUCCGCGCCCCUCGUCGCGGACGGCGCAGGGACAGCGCGCGCGAGGCCGAGCGGCGGAGUGGUGUUCACUCCGCUGUACGGCGCGCACGCCGACGAGCCGCUGUGCUACCACCUGCGGCUCGGCCGCCUGCACCUGCUGCUGGACUGCGGCUGGACCGACCUCCUCGACACGGACCUACUCGAGCCGCUGCGCGCCGUCGCGCCCGCGAUCCACGCCGUGCUGCUCUCGCACCCCGACAUGGAGCACGCGGGCGCGCUGCCGUACGCGUACGCGCAGCUGGGGCUGCGCGCGCCCGUGUACUGCACGGUGCCGGUGGCGCGGCUGGCGCAGCUGAUGCUGUACGACCAGUUCCUGGCGCGGCGCAGCGCCGGCGACUUCGACCUGUUCUCGCUGGACGACGUGGACGCCGCGUUUGACGGCGCCGUGCGCCUCAAGUUCGCGCAGCCGCACGCCGUGGGCGAGGAGCGCGACGGCGUGAGCGUGACGCCGCUGGCGGCGGGGCACCUGCUGGGCGGCACGAUAUGGCGGAUAUCCGUGGACACAGAGGACCUCGUGUACGCCGUGGGGUUCAACCACAGGGAGGAGCGCAUACUGGGGCGCGCGGUGCUGGACACGGCCGUGGUGCGCCCCGCCGUGCUGAUCGCGGACGCGGCCACGGCGCUGGUGGCGCCGGUGAAGCGCAAGGCGCGCGACGCGCAGCUGGCGGAGGCCAUGAGCAGCACGGUGGGCGAGGGCGGCAGCGUGCUCAUGCCCGUCGACACGGGGGGGCGCGUGCUGGAGCUGCUCGUGCACUUGGAGCAGCUGUGGGCGGCGCAGGGGUGGGAGGCGCCGGUGGUGGUGGCGACGGGGGAGAGCUACAGCAUGGUGGAGGGCGCCAAGGCCAUGCUCGAGUGGCUCAACCCCUCCACUGCGCGCCACUUCGACGCCCAACGCACCUCGCCCUUCAACUUCAAGUACAUCCGGCUGUGCCACAGUGUGGAGGAGGUGGAGGAGGUGCCGGGGCCCAAGGUGGUGCUGGCGUCACUCGCCAGUCUCGAGGCCGGCUUUGCUCGGGCGCUCUUUGUGCGCUGGGCGCCCGACCUGCGCAACACCCUGCUCUUCACCUCGCGCGCCCCGCCCGGCUCCCUGGCGCACACGCUGCAGACCAACGACGUGCGGUUCCCAGUGGUGAGUGUGAGCAUGAGUGAGCGCGUGCCGCUGGAGGGCGAGGAGCUGAGGGCGUACGAGGAGCAGCAGCGCCAGCAGCAGCAGGCCGCCAUGGACGCCGCUAGAGGGGGCGAGGGGGACGACGGGCAGGGGGAGGGCGAGGAGGGGGAAGGGGAGGGGGAGGGCGAGGGAGGGGAGAAUGGGGAGGCGAAGGAGGAGGCGGAUGGGGAGGUGCUGGAUGGGGAUGACGCAGAGCCAGCCUCCGUGGCCGUGCGACCCCCCUCGGACGUCUUCUGUGAGGGCUUCUCCCCGCUGCCCCUCGCACCCUUCCCCCGCGCUCUCCCCCGCCACGCGGCCCCGCGCCCACAGCACCGCGAGGGGUGGGUGGCGGGGCCGGUGUUCCCGUGGAGUGAGGGCGCGGGGGGCGGGGGGCGGUGCGACGAGUAUGGCGAGGUGGUGGACGCCGAUGGGCUGGCUGCCGUGGUCGAACACAUGCGCGGCCCCAUGCGGCCAACGGUGAGUGCAAUGGAGGCGGCGGGGGUGGACAUGGCGGCGCUGGCGGAGGCGGAGGACGUGCUGGCGGGGCUGGAGAGGCCCAGCCGCGUGCGAGUGGAGCACGUCACGGUGCACGUCAACUGCGCCAUCCGCUCCAUCGACUAUGAGGGGCUUGCGGAUGGCCGCUCCCUGCGCACCAUGCUCGCCCACACCCACCCCCUCUCCCUCGUGGUGGUGCACGGCACGGAGGAGGGCACGGCCGCCAUGCAGCAGGCGGGCAUCUGCAGCGACUGCAUGGCGCCCCGUGCAGGCCAGAGCAUCGACCUCACUCCCCACCUCGCCACCUUCCGCGUGAAGCUGAGUGACGACCUGCUCAGGGGGCUGCAGUUCCACAAGCUACGGGACGACUACGAGGUGGCAUUCGUGGAGGGCCGCCUGCACCCCUCCUCCUGUGCGCCGCCCUCCGCCUCGCUCUCCCUGCUGCCGCGCAUCACAGGGCCCCCUCUGCCCGCGCCCUCUGGGUCAGGGGCAGGAGGCCAAGGGGCAGACGGGGAGGAGAAGGGGCAGGGGGAAGGUGGAGAGGGGAGAGGGGGAGUGGAUGUGGGAGGGGCGAGUGGGGGGGGGGCACGGGCGCUGAUGGAGCUGGUGCCGCUGGAGGGGGAUGGGGAGGAGGCCAAGCGGCGGGCGGUGAUGGUGGGUGAUGUGAAGCUCUCGGAAUUCAAAGUGCUGCUGCAAGCCCAGGGACUCCAGGCUGGGUUCGUGGAGUCGGCGCCUGUAGCAACAGCAGGAUGUGCUGUUCUCAAGUGUGGCGAUUCUCUCGCUCUAAGAAAGGUUCCAGACCACAGGCUUGUACUCGAAGGCUCGCUGUGUGACGACUACUACAGACACUCCCCAGUCGGCGCGCGCUCUCCGCUCUUCCCCCAUCUGCAUGCUCUCUCCGCUCUUCCCCCAUCUGCAUGUUUUCUCCGCUCUUCCCCCAUCUGCAUGCUCUCUCCGCUCUUCCCCCAUCUGCAUGCUCUCUCCGCUCUUCCCCCAUCUGCAUGCUCUCUCCGCUCUUCCCCCAUCUGCAUGCGCUCUCCGCUCUUCCCCCAUCUGCAUGCUCUCUCCGCUCUUCCCCCAUCUGCAUGCUCUCUCCGCUCUUCCCCCAUCUGCAUGCUCUCUCCGCUCUUCCCCCAUCUGCAUGCUCUCUCCGCUCUUCCCCCAUCUGCAUGCUCUCUCCGCUCUUCCCCCAUCUGCAUGCUCUCUCCGCUCUUCCCCCAUCUGCAUGCUCUCUCCGCUCUUCCCCCAUCUGGGCGCACUCUCUGCCUGCAGUGCCCUCUCGAACUCGGAGGCUCUUCCUUCUGCCAGCGGCUCGCUCAUCUCCGCACCCCGUGCUUUCUUCCUCCUUCUCCCCCCAUCGUGGCGUUCCCCCGACCCCAGGCGCCGUACCCGACGAACGCGCCGUGGCAGAACUUGGUGCUGGGGCAGGGCAGCAGCCCCGAGCUCGUGACGCCGUACAUCGUGCAGAGCGCGGAGGGGCGCAUCGCGUGGGGGCUGCCGGUGCGCGACGCGCAGCCGGGGUACAUCGUGCAGGCGUUCGUCACCGCGCUCAUGCUCUCCACGCUGCAGGGCCUCCCCCCCCACCAGCUCUCCGCCUACGACGACCUCUCCGCCACCCUCUCCUUCCGCCAGCCCUCCUCCGCGCCUUCCGAUCCCUCCGCGCUCGAGGUCCCCCUGGUGCGCGGGUCGCCCUUCCUGACGUUCAUAUUCCCCCCGGGCGGCCCCCCCGCGACGCCCAUGCUGACGACGAUCCACGCCAUCACGGGAGUGGAGGGCAGCAGCGACAGCACCAAGUACCGUGUCGCGCUCAACAACGGCCAGACGUGGCUGGUGUACCUGUCGUCGCCACUGGCGAUGCGGCAGGACGGGGCAGCGCUGGUGGCGGACGCGCCCUUCACGGGGACCAUGCGCGUGGCGCUGCUGCCCGGGACCUCCCCGCAGGACGAGGAGGCGGUGCUGGACGCGCACGUGCCCACGGUGCCGCUGGGGGGCAGCGCGCAGGUGGGCGAGUUCUCCAUCGAGUACACCUGGCGCACCCAGCACUGGCGUGAUCUGCCUGACGGUGACACCGAGGCGCCGCUGCUCAUGCUCUCGCUGCCAAUGCACCGGCGCAUGGAAGUGAGCGCGCACAGCCCCUCCCUUGCCUCCGCCCUCCGCCGUCGCCACAACGGUUCCCCUUCCCGCGUCAUGGGCGCCCUCCGCGGCCACCACAACCCCGCCUCUGCCCACCCCUCCAUUGCACGAGGCAGUGCACGGGGGUCGUCCGUGCGAGCUGCAUCGGUGCCAGAUGCAUCAGUGCUGGCCUACCCCACCAUCGACGGCCAGGCGGUGGGCAUGCAGGGGGCCGUGUGGCGCCUCAACGUGCCCAAUCGCCCGUCCACGUGGGAAGCGGGGCCCCUCACGUCCGACGCACAGCUGCUGGACGAGCUCAGGGCCAGCCUGAAGCAGGAUGUGGCAGCGCUGCCGCCCCUCUCCUCCACCUCCACCUACUCCUUCGGCAAGGCAGCUGCGCGUGCCGCCCGCCUGGCACUCAUUGCGAAACAGGUGGAGGACGAUGACAGCCUGGCCGCCGUGCUGCCGCCCCUGCGAACCGCGCUCUCCGCGUGGCUGGAUGGCACCUUCCCCGGUAACCGCCUGCUGUAUGACCCCACGUGGGGCGGCGUGGUGAGUGAGGCGGGGUCGCUUGACCAGGGGGCGGAAUUUGGGGCGGGCAUGUACAACGACCACCACUUCCACUACGGCUACUUCAUCUACGCCGCUGCCACCGUUGCCGAGUUUGAUUCUGCAUGGCGCGACCAGUACGGUGUGGCGCUCAAGGACCUCAUGGCGGACUACAUGUCGCCGGAGCGUACCGCGGCAUUCCCAAGGCUGCGGCACUUCGAUGCGUACGCGCUGCACUCGUGGGCCAGCGGGCUGUUUGAAUUCGGCGACGGGCGCAACCAGGAGAGCUUUAGCGAGGCGGUCAAUGCAUACUACGCGGGGGCGCUGCUGGCAUCCGUGUUGGGCGACCAGCCGCUCGCCACGCUGGGCGCCACACUCGCAGCCGUGGAGGCCCUCGCCGAGCAGACGCUCAUGCACGUGCCGCUCGCCUCCUCCAACCCGGACCCCUCCCUCACACCCGGCUACGAGGCGGUGUUUGCAGACGCCAACCGUGUGGUGGGCGUGCUGUGGUCCACCAAGCGUGACGCGGCGCUGUGGUUCGCCCCGCCGGCGGACAUGGAGAAGCGCGUGGGCAUCCAGGUGCUGCCCGUCUCGCCCUACCUCAAGCACCUCUUCCCCGACCCUGAGUUUGCUAAGCAGCUCGUGGAGUGGGCACAACCCGUGCUGAGCGGCGCCGCCACGGACGAGUGGCGUGGCUUUGCGUGGGCGCUGCAGGCGCUGUACGACCCGCAGGGGGCCAGGGCGAACAUUGCUGCUCUAGGUGCUUUUGAUGAUGGCAACUCCAAGACCAACAUGCUCUGGUGGCUCGCUUCCAACAUGCCAUAG